UUACAUCUUUACACAAUGUCUGACAAUCAGCAAACAUUUCACUUUACUAAUCAAAAUAUUAAUAAUAAUGAAGACAAAAAAAUUAAAGUAGAUUCAAAAGAAGAAGAAUAUACAAGAAGAACAAAAAGGCAAGUGCUAGAUGCGCCCCUCAGAAAAAAUAUAGGAUUCGAUGGAAAACAGGAAAAGGAGUUGAGAAGACGAUUCAGUCUAGUUCAGUCCUUUCGACCAUCAUCCUCUAAAACACCAACCAUGCUGUUCUACAUUGUCUGUGCCGCCGCAAUCUUCGUGGUAGUGAACGCCACUGGAGGCGGUGGAUAUGGCCAUUUGGAAGAAGUUGGCUAUGGACAUGGGGGCUACGAGGCCCUGGGCGGAUACGAAGGAAACGAAAUUGGGCAUGACGUUGGGGGUGGACACCAUCAUGAAGAGUUUGUUGAUUAUUAUGCUCAUCCCAAGUACCACUACGAUUAUGCAGUCCACGAUUUGCACACCCAUGACAUAAAAAGCCAAUGGGAGACGAGAGACGGUGACAAAGUCAAAGGCGAAUACACUGUUGUCGAACCUGAUGGUUCCAAAAGAAUCGUCCAAUACACCGCCGAUAAGCAUAGCGGAUUCAACGCCAUUGUUAAAAAUGUCAAACCUGGAUACUAAAACGCGCCAGAAUAUCUAAUUUAUUGAAUCUAGCUUAAGUUGUUGUAUUUUUAAAUGUUUAAUUUGUUGAAUUCGUCUAUUACGAACCUCAUCAUCAUUUUGCCAUAACCACGUGAUGUGUACAGAUACUCCACCUGUGUUCAUGGUAAUCAUUGUCAUCACACUUUUUUAUUUUUGUAUUUUGUUAUUAAGUUAAGAUACUUAUCAGUAUUUUUGUACAAUUCUAAGCUUGCAAUAAAAAAAAGUUAAUAUUUUGCGUAAA